ACAUGCGCAGUAGCGUCCCUGGCGCUGCCCGCUGGCCCCCGUGCGGGGUGGAGUCUGUGCUGGGGACGGGGUGAGAGCGCAGGGGAGUCAAGCAGCUGGAGGCAGGGUCAGGAUGGGCCCAGGGGCCAAAUCAGAUCCAAAGAGAAGGAAGAAAGCAAUGGAGCACUCAUCUUAACUCUCCUGAGUGUUGCCCUCAGCAGAAAAGCCUUUGCAGCAUUUUACAGGAAUUGCUCAGGGUGAUGCGGACAAUUGAUGACAGAAUAGUCCAUGAAUUAAAUACUACACUUCCAACAGCUUCCUUUGCAGGGAAAGUCGAUGCCCACCAAACCUGUAAAGAGCUCUACCAGUCUCUGAGGGAGGCUCAUGCCAGCAGAGAGAAAAUAAUCAAAAGCUGUAUUGCUCAGACUUCCAAUGUAGUAAAAACUCUCCGAGAAGAGAGGGAGAAGGCCCAGGAUGACGUAGCAUUAUUAAAGCAGCUCAGGCAAGAGCAGACAAAGUUGAAGCUGAUGCAGUCUGAGUUGAAUGUGGAAGAAGUAGUAAACGACAGAAGCUGGAAGGUAUUUAAUGAGCGCUGCAGAAUUCACUACAAGCCUCCAAAGAGCCAAUGAUGCAAGGAUACUUCUCCUGAAGUUGUUCUACAAUCAUGAGAGCAAAGCUGAAGAGACAUGGGGCAAGCUGUGAGGGACCUUCCAGAACCAGGAGAACCCAGUCUCAUUUUGUUUUCAGACUCACCUAGUUAAAAUCUCACAUUCAGCUGAUUCUCCUAAUUAAAAGAAACCAACUCCUAUUUUGUACAAAAUGUGAAAAAUGAAUACAUUUUAUAACUAUUAAAAAAAUUUCAGAUGGAA